AUGGGCAAGGGCCGAGUCCGCCGUCUUUACAAAACUGCGAGAGUUGACGACUUUGAGCAUGAAACAGACCGCACUAUCCGCGCACAACAGAUCUAUGCGACCAUCGAUCGACAGCCAUUCCAAUGGCUCGUGGUCUUUGUUGCCGGAAUUGGCUUCUUCCUCGAUGGGUACACGCUCUUUGCCUCGAACAUUGCUCUACCAAUGCUUUCGUACGUUUAUUGGCCAGAGGAGACCUCGAGUAUACGUUUGACGCACAUCAACUUGACGACACUGGCUGGGACUAUGUCCGGGCAACUGCUAUUCGGAAUCCUGGCGGAUAAGAUGGGGAGGAAGAAAGUGUACGGCAUAGAAUUGCUGUUGCUGAUCUGCUCGACCUUGGGAGUCGUCAUGAGCUCGACUGGCGCUGAUAACAGUAUGAAUGUGUUCGGCUGGCUGAUCUUCUGGAGGCUGGCUGUCGGAAUCGGUGUCGGUGCUGAUUAUCCUUUGAGCGCUGUGAUCACUGCCGAAUUCGCACCCACGAAACACAGGGCCCGAAUGAUGGCCUCCGUCUUCGCCAUGCAACCCAUCGGACAGAUCGCCGGCAACCUGGUGGCUCUCGUCGUCGUCGCUGUGUCCGAGAAGCAAGGCACCGACAACCUCCGCCGUACUGUCGAUAUAAUGUGGCGUUGGGUGAUCGGGCUCGGCGUCGUUCCCGGAGCACUUGCUCUGAUCUUUCGGUUUGCGAUCCCCGAAACGCCGCGAUUUUUAUUAGAGAUCGAAGACGAUCCAAUCAAAGCCGAAUUCGAUGCAACGCCGCUCUUCGGAGAAAUCGGAGACGGGAGCUUCAGUAUGAGCCCAGCAUCGACAGCUCUGGAAAUGGGAGAGAGCUCGCAUUCAUUCCGCGAUGCAGGAAGAACUCCCUCGAUGGAAGAGAUGGUGCUGCCUGCUCCGGCAAUGCAUCACGAGGGUUCUCCUGCAGAACCAGUCUCUGCAGGUUCAGCUCAGUGGACAGUAGACACCAACGCGCCCCUGAUUACCCUGAACUCUCCAUGGAAGCUUUCGAGGAAAGACAUCAAGCAGUACUUUUGGGUGGAAGGGAACUGGCGUACCCUCUUCGCCACCUCAACGACUUGGGCAAUCCCACUGACUCGCCUUCAAGCUUCUCCUCGACUUCGCCUUCUACGGUAUCGGCCUCUCCUCUCCCCAAUUCCUCGCCAAAACCUACGGCGCCCUCAAUCUCCCCGCCACCGACAGCUCCGGCAACCCACAAUCCUACCCGCCAUGGCAAACCUCCGUCUCCCCUACCUCCACAAUCUACGACCAACUGAUGGCGACCUCCACACAAGCCUCAUUAUCCUCAACAUCGGCUCCUUCAGCGGCCAGACCCUCAUGAUCCUCUUCGCCAACCGCCUCAAUCGCGUCACGCUGCAGUUCUGGGGCUUCAUCCUCCUCGCCUGCAUUUUCUUGACCUUGGGAACGAUCUUCAUCACCCUUCAUCGCGCUGGCGGGCCGCUGAUCGUGGCGCUGUACGUCAUUGCUCAAACUGCAUUCAACUUCGGACCAAAUUCCACGACGUAUAUCCUCGCGGGCGAACUCUUCCCAACCCGGUAUAGGGGUAGCUGUCACGGCAUCAGUGCCGCAGCGGGCAAGUUAGGGAGUAUCCUGGUGCAGCUGUUUAGCGCGUACUACCACUUUGGCAGCAAUCGAGCUGAUAGGGAGAGUACGCGGCGGUAUGGGAUUAUAGUGGUGGUGUUUGCGGCAGUGAUGUUGGCUGGGGCGGGGUUUACGUGGUGGGGUGUGCCUGAUGUGCAGGAGCGGAAGAGGAAGAGAGGACAAGCGGAAGGUGAGAAAGGGUUGAGGAGGGGCGGCAGGAGUAAGCGGUGGACUGCGGUGGGGAGGGACAAGACGCUUGAGGAGUUGGCGCUGGGGAGAUGGGGUGGGGAGAGUGAGGCUGUGAGGAGAGGGAAGCGGCGGCAGAUAUAG